AUGAAGGCGAUUCCGCAUGAUCAUAUGGUGAAAUUACUGAAACUUUAUUGGGAAUGGCGCCAUAACCCAAAUUUAGUGAUGCAAUUUGGCAACGUGGAAGCUGAGAUUGAAUUCUUCGCUUCCCUCGUCAAAGCUGACGGUUGGUUGAAAGGAGAUCAAAUUGAUUUGGGAUUGUAUCUCAUCCGGAAGCGACAACAUGAGUUGGAGGUUGUACAAAUAUCGGACUGGACAACGACCGAUGUAUUUUUUAUGGUUCCGGCAUGUGGGAUGGAUUGGCAGAACGCGUAUAAGGUGUAUGUCCCUUGUAUGUUGAUGAAGUAUAACCAUUGGGUGGCUCUAAUGAUUGAUAUGAACUCGCCUGCUUUCAAUUACGAUUCCAAUCUUUUCAACACCAUCGACUUUUAUGAAGAAGGUGUUUACGCAAACGAUGGCAGCCGAGAUUGGUGGUUUCCGUGGCCAAUAGAAUGUGUGGAUGUUCCACAACAAUCUAAUCAAGGCGAUUGUGGCAUGUUCGUGUUGAAGUACAUUGAGCUUUUGAGUGCUGAGAUUCCGUUAGCUACUUGCACCUCACAGAACAUGCCAUUUUUCCGGUUGAAGUUGGCUGCAGAGAUAUUACGGGGAGGAGAUGCUUACAUACCAUGA